AUCUCUGAUUUUUUUCAAGAAAAUAUGAAAAAUUCAAUAUAUUUUCUUCUUUCAAUUUUUUUUACUCUAUUGCUUAGACCAACAUUUGCCAUAAAAAAGUCAUAUGUUGUGUACUUGGGUGAACAUUCACAUGGAAAAGAAGCAACAUCAAUUGAUUUUGAUAGAGUUAUUAAUUUUCAUCAUGAAUUUCUUGGAUCACAUUUAGGAAGUAUUGAGAAGGCUAAGGAUGCAAUUUUUUAUUCUUAUACAAGACACAUCAAUGGCUUUGCUGCAAUCCUUGAAGAUGAAGAAGCUGCAGAAUUAUCUAAGCAUCCAAAUGUAGUAUCAAUAUUCUUGAACAAGGGAAAAGAACUACACACAACUAGAUCAUGGAACUUCUUGGGGUUGGAACAUGAGGGAAAAAUCCCUAAAAGCUCUUUAUGGAAGAAGGCAAGAUUUGGAGAAGACAUUAUUAUUGGCAACAUUGAUUCUGGUGUUUGGCCAGAAUCAGAAAGCUUUAGUGAUGAAGGAAUGGGACCAAUUCCAUCAAGGUGGAAAGGAACUUGCCAAACUGGCUCUGAUCCCACAUUUCAUUGCAAUAGGAAGUUAAUUGGAGCAAGAUACUUCAUCAAAGGAUUCGCUGCUGAAGCAGGAACUCUAGUAACCUCCAAAUUCUACACGCCACGAGACACGUUAGGGCACGGAUCACACACGUUGUCUACAGCCGGAGGUAAUUUUGUCGAGGGAGCUAACAUUUUCGGGUAUGGCAAUGGCACAGCAAAGGGAGGAUCACCAAGAGCACGAGUUGCGGCUUAUAAGGCUUGUUGGCCUCCUAUUAUUCCAUCCGAUUCGUGUACUGAUGCAGAUGUCUUGGCUGCAUUUGAUAUGGCAAUUCAUGAUGGCGUUGACGUGCUUUCAGUAUCAAUGGGAGGACCACCUGUACCAUAUGCCCAAGACAGUAUUGCUAUCGGUUCGUUUCAUGCUAUAAAGCAUGGCAUUGUUGUGGUUACCUCAGGUGGGAAUUCGGGUGCUUAUCCUGGUACAAUAACCAACACUGCACCUUGGCUCAUUACUGUCGGGGCAAGCACUAUUGAUCGCGAGUUUUCCAGCUAUAUCAUCUUAGGAAACAAUAAACGUUACAGAGGGGUAAGCCUUUCAACUAAAGCUCUGCCCGAAGGCAAAUCGUUCCCAAUUAUUACUGGUGCAUCUGCUAAAGUUGCCAAUGCGACAGCUCAAGAAGCUAAUUUUUGCAUAGAGGGGACAUUGGAUCCUAAGAAGGUGAAGGGGACUAUUUUGGUUUGCCAUAGAGGGGGUAGUCCAGUGUUUAACCAGUGCACUCAAGCUACUUCAGUAGGUGCAGUUGGUAUCGUUAUACUCAACAGCGUGUUCUUUGGAAAUGAAAUGUAUGCUGAACCUUAUCUCUGCCCUGCAACGCAUAUCAGUUACUCCGAUGGACUUCAAGUCUCGUCUUAUGUUAAUUCAACAAGGAAAGCUACAGCUUACAUUACUCGGCCAACAACUGAAUUGGGAACGAAACCAGCGCCAGUUAUGGCUGUCUUUUCGUCCAUUGGACCUAAUAGGGUGACACCAGAGAUUCUUAAGCCAGAUAUUACUGCCCCGGGAGUGAGCAUACUAGCUGCUUAUACUGGAGUUCAAGGACCUACAGAAACAGAUUUAGAUAAUCGUCGAGUUAAAUUUAACACAAUGACAGGAACUUCAAUGUCAUGUCCUCAUGUGGCUGGUGUUGUUGGUCUUUUGAAGACCCUCCAUCCAACUUGGAGUCCUGCAGCCAUCAAAUCCGCCAUUAUGACAUCCGCAAGAACGCGAGACAACACGAUUAAUCCAAUGACAAAUUCAGCUCACCUCAAGGCAUCACCAUUUGCUUAUGGAUCAGGACACAUAUGGCCAAACCGCGCCAUGGACCCUGGCUUGGUUUAUGACUUAACAAUCAAUGAUUACAUGAACUUCCUCUGUGCACAAGGGUACAACGAAACUAAAAUCAGUUUCUUCACACAAGGCCACUUCAAAUGUCCUGACCCUAUAAGUUUCAGCAAUUUGAACUUACCUUCAAUCACAGUGCCCAAGCUCAAUGGCUCGAUCGUUGUGACUAGAACAUUGAAGAAUGUGGGGUCCCCGGGCACUUACAAAGCUCAUAUUCGAUCCCCGAUUGGAAUUACUGUUGUUGUUGAGCCAAACACAUUGGAGUUCAAGAAGAUUGGAGAGGAGAAAAGUUUCAAGAUCACUCUGAAAGUUAAAGGACAUAAAGCUCCAAAAGAUUAUGUUUUUGGCCAUUUAAUAUGGUCUGAUAACAAGCACUAUGUUAGAAGUCCCAUUGUAGUGAAAGUUACUAAGAAUGUUAGAUAACAUUCAUUUCUAUGUUUAUUGUUACUUGUAUAAUG